UGCUGUCGUCAUCACGUCGACCGGAGGUAGCGCCGCGUCCUGGGCCACGCCUUCCCAGCGCGCCGCCGCGCCUCCCCGGUUACUAUGCGGCCUUGGAUACCUGGCCGCGGGCUGCUGGGUGGCGUCAGGUGAAGGGGAUCCCUGGGCCUCAGGUAACCAUGGAGAAAGACCUGCGGAGCACCAUUCUUUUCAAUGCCUACAAAAAGGAGAUAUUUACCACCAACAAUGGCUAUAAAUCCAUGCAGAAAAAACUUCGGAGUAAUUGGAAGAUUCAGAGCUUAAAAGAUGAAAUCACAUCAGAGAAGUUAAUUGGAGUGAAACUGUGGAUUACAGCUGGGCCAAGGGAAAAAUUUACUGCAACUGAGUUUGAAAUCCUGAAGAAAUACCUUGACAGCGGUGGAGAUAUCCUUGUGAUGCUAGGAGAAGGUGGAGAAUCCAGAUUUGACACCAAUAUUAACUUUUUACUAGAAGAAUAUGGAAUCAUGGUUAAUAAUGAUGCUGUGGUUAGAACUGUAUAUCAUAAAUAUUUCCAUCCCAAAGAAGCUCUAGUUUCCAGUGGAGUCUUGAACAGGGAAAUUAGCCGAGCUGCAGGAAAGGCUGUGCCUGGAAUCAUUGAUGAGGAAAGCAGUGGAAACAAUGCCCAGGCUCUCACCUUUGUAUAUCCUUUUGGUGCCACAUUGAGUGUCAUGAAACCAGCAGUGGCUGUUCUGUCUACAGGCUCUGUUUGCUUCCCACUUAACAGACCCAUUCUGGCUUUCUAUCACUCAAAGAACCAAGGUGGGAAGCUGGCAGUGCUUGGUUCAUGUCACAUGUUCAGUGACCAAUAUUUGGACAAAGAAGAAAACAGCAAAAUCAUGGAUGUUGUUUUCCAGUGGCUUACAACAGGAGACAUCCACCUAAACCAGAUUGAUGCUGAGGACCCAGAGAUUUCUGACUACGUGAUGCUGCCCCACACAGCAACCCUAUCAAAGCGGAAUCGGGAAUGUCUCCAGGAGAGCAAUGAGAUCCCGAGGGACUUUACCACCCUCUUCGACCUGUCCAUCUUCCAGCUGGAUACAACCUCCUUCCACAGCGUCAUCGAGUCAGUACCUGUGGGCCUCUGAGCUACACUGUGCUCCCUUAUGAGUGUUUGGUUUGGAAACAUGAGCCUGGGACGGGAAUUAGGAUUACAGUAAAUGUGGCAGGAAAAAUAUGUUCUCAGAUCUAUGAUGAGGUCAACAAAGAAACUGGGCUGGCAUGAGGCGUUGAUGCAGAGGAACUGCCAGAGGCUGUUAGCCCCUGCAUGUUCCAGACUCUGGACCAGGCAUUUAGAGUGACUAGCUUCUUUCAUUUUGCCCCACACUUCUCCUGGUUUUAGCACAGAGAGUCCCAAGUAGUCCCAGGAACACCGUCAGUAAAUGGAAAUGGUUGGUAACCCCCAUUUCUCCCUGGGUAUCUGGUCAACUGGUAAUGCUAUUAACUGGCGCUAAGAAUGCGGAAAGAGAUGGCUGG